AUGUCAGACUCGUCAAAAACUCCAGGUCCUCCCAAGAAAGCACCCCUUAAUAACCCUCGAUUACAGAUCCCUCGCCCCGUUUUCCAACGCGAGACUACCUCUACUCCCUCGGAAUGGCAAGCUUGCACACCGAAGACUUCGCAUGGGUUCAUAGCCAUGCACACCUCCACACCCGAGGACAUGCAUGAGAACCGGAGUAAUGGAAAACCUACAGCAGUCAAGGAUUAUUUCUCGGUGCCAAAGCAGAAGCAUAAUCCUACCCUUUCUCCUAACCCUGCGCCAUACGAACCGCAUGGUUUCUUGCCACUUUGUUCUGUUGCGGCCGUUGAAGUUGACGCGACCGACUACUUUGGGGCUUCGGACAGGACUAUUGAAAGUAAUACCGGAGGUGCAAGCUACGCUGCUCCGGGUAUGGUCAAGGAUGUCGAGUGUGACGAUGCUACGCAGUUCGAUAGUCACGUGCACAUGAGCCAGCACUUGGGGAGCGAGCCUGCGCAUCCGGUGGGAACUCAGUGCAACGAGCAUGGAACCACUCCCAAGUCAGAAGAAGAACAGGGUACCGAGAAGGAGUCCGAGGUGGAAUUGCGCGGUGGCAGUGGCGAGGAACUGUGCGACGGAGACAAAGAGGCGGUCGAUCUUUCACCUGGAGGUGAUGUGCCUGACCCAAGACACCAUCAACGAACAAUCGAAGCUAAUCCCCCGAUCGCUUUAUCGCCCACUGAAAUAGCCCAGAAAGAUCAUACCGAAGAAUGGGAUCCUGUUCCGGCGCUCAAUAGAGCGCUCGAACAGAUGUUACGAGAAGUCGCAACCGUUUGUAACAUGGCAUUAGACCUGCACGUGGCUAAUAACGGUCCUCCCAGCACAGAACCCACGCUCGACAACACAGCGGGACGUGACGACGCCGAUACGACAUCCCAGCCGCCAACAGAUCGAUCUGAUGCUUCGGAGAGCGCUCAUGCGGCAUGA